AUGUUGUCCGAUUUUGAAAUUGUUGUUGCUGACUCUGUUGAAUUCGAUUUCUUUCUUCUCGAUUUGGGUAUUAUUGGGUUUGAAACUGAAUACAGAACUAUUCAUAUCAAAGAUGGUUUUGGUCCUCCAUAUGCAUUAACUCAAGGGACAUUAGAAGCACAAGGCACACCAUUCCAUAAUCUUCCUUUAGAAGAUUGUCCACUCUUUGGAAGAGGCUCAGUUGCUUUGAUUGGUUCUGGUCCAGAAUUCUUUAUUAACUUAGCUGAUAAUUCCGAAUGGAAACAAGAAUACAUUGUCUCUGGCUUUGUUAUUUCAGAAUACACGAAUAUUUCUGAGAAAAGUGAUGCACUCCCCACCUUAUCUAAUGUUUGGAACGGCGUUAACGUAAAGGUCCUUUUAAAUUCCUUUUUAAUUUCUCAUUAUACAGCUAGCCCUUUGGAUCAGAGGUGA